AUGAGUUUCUUAUACACAACACCAGACGAGAACUUUGGUACUGUUGCCGAAUGCAAUGGAUCUUUAGUUCAUGUCGACAGUGAGAAUAGCCCUGCUCUGCGAGAACUGCAGACCAACAAUACACCUCUAUACCCUUCUAUCCAGUUUGAAAAUUUGACACCAUCUGAAGCCGACUUUGUCAGCUCACCACCCGCGCAAGAUAACCUUUAUGUGUCUUGCUGCAAUGAUAUCAAGAGCCAUUUCAUGAAGCAAAUGGAAGAAAAGCUGCCACUCAUAGAGUCAACACCUAUUUACAAGCACGGCAAAGAUAUAUACGAGUAUGUGCACAACAGAUUCCUCAAAUCCCACGAUACACUUCUACAGCACGAUAUUUUCCAAGCAAAGAAGGAUGCAGGCCUCUUUAAAUGCAUUGCUUGGCACCCCCACCAAGAAACGUUGGCUGUUGCACACGACGACAACCAAGUCUACAUUUACGAAAAGAAACAGGAGGAAGAUGCAUGGACUUGUCUCGUUUUAUCGCACCCAAAAAUGAAGCAAAUUACAUGUCUGGAAUGGAAAUCAAAGGCAUCUGGUACACUGGCUAUUGCCUGCAAAGAUGGUGUGUGUGUUUGGACAUUGGAAAAGACGACAUGCGCUGAGCAACAACCUCGAUAUCACCCUGCUGCUACUAUGCGAUUCAUGUCACAUCCUGGAGAAGAAGACAUCAGUUCAUUAGCUUGGGAUCCUACACCUGGAAGUCAUCUUUUGGCCGUGGUUUCAGCUGUUUCCAGCACACUGGUCAUUUAUGACUUGAUGCUGAACAGAACAACUCCCUUAAAGAGACUUGGCAGUGGCAACAUCAUUGUGCGCUGGAGUCCCAACGGCGAAUGGUUAUUCCAAGGAGGAUCAAGCGGCUCCAAUUCUCGUGUGUGGGAUACCAGAACUUGGGCAUUUCACAAAAUCACCAACCCUGCUGGAUUAUGGAUUCAAGCUGCAUGCUGGCUACCCGAUAGUCGCACAUUGCUCUACUCCAUGUGUGGUAAAAGCGAUGUUCAUGCCGUACAUCUGUCUGGCGAUAUCGUGAAAACUGGCCUCAUCAACCGACAGAUAUUCUCGGCAGCAUCCAAUACAGUAACAACAGACUCUGGCGCAACACAACAAGUGGGAGGCGUCAUUCGGGACAUGUCUAUUGACAAGAGAAAUGGCCAACGACUAGCCAUUGUCUUUGAAAACACACAUCUGAUCGCCUUGUACUCUGUCAAGCAAGUGUCACUUCUCAGUCUACUUGAGGAGCCCAUGCUGUUCCCAAUCGGUUAUAUUCGUGGAUGCAGCGUCUCUUUGAACGGAAAUACCCCAUUGAGCGUAUCUUGUUUGCCAGAAAAUACCAAGCCCUUGAGCCUCUCAUUCUCUUGUACACACAAAGAUGGUGCAUUGCUGGCCGUUACCUGGAACACUGGUUUAAUAUCAUUUGUUACACACACUUUUUUGACUGAUGAGGAAAUUAGAAAGCGUUUUAUGUGA